GUUUCAAUUUUUAUUCUCUUGUUUAUGUUUCAGCCUCGGUUAACUAAUCCUCUAUGCCGUCACGAGCAAUCUCGGCACCGUCUCCGGUAGCCCCACCGCCGCUGAGCCACCACCACGACAAGACAACUCGAACCUUUCCGCUGUUAACGGUGGCUGGAGCCGGCGCCUGUUUCUCUCUCUUCAUCACACUCUCCGUCUGCUUUUGCAAGUCCAGCCGGAAACGCCAACCACCUCCGCCCGGAGACCCCUCCUCCUCCUCCUCCUCCUCCCACACGCCGCGCGAGUUCUCUUACUCGACUCUCCGCCGCGCCACCGCCUCUUUCUCCCCGGCGAACCGGCUAGGCCAAGGCGGCUUCGGCGCCGUUUUCCGGGGAACGUUCUCCUCCGGCGAGAAUGUGGCCGUCAAGGUGAUGGAUUCAGGAUCUCUCCAGGGAGAAGCCGAGUUCCAGAACGAGCUGUUCUUCGCCGCCAGGCUUGACUCGCCUCACGUGGUCCCCGUCAUUGGCUUCUCGCACGAUAGAAAACGACGACGUUUGCUUCUCGUUUACCGGCUUAUGGAUAAUGGAAACUUACAAGACGCGCUGCUUCAUAGGAGAUGCCCUGAGCUUAUGGAUUGGGGUAAGAGAUUCUCGGUGGCGGUUAACGUCGCCGAAGGUAUCGAGCACCUUCACGGCCUCGAACGGCCUGUGAUUCACGGAGACAUAAAGCCUAGCAAUGUCCUGUUGGAUAAACUCUUCUCCGCGAAAAUCGCUGACUUCGGUUUAGCUAGAGUUAAGCCUGAGCACGUGGAGAUUAUCACUGUAGCACCGGAAAGUAACGGUGGCGGCGGAGGAGGAGGGGUGGAGGAAGAGUUAGAGAGUGUGAUCACUACUGCGACUGGUUACGAAGAUUUCAACUUCGGGCUGGUGAAACAGUCGCCGCCAGUUAAUGGUUCUUCGCCGGAGAUGGGAGUAGCGCCUUUGGAGUCGCCGGAGACGGUUGUGUCCGGUUCUCCGGAGAUGGGGGAGGAUGCGGUGUUAAAGAAGGGGAAAGAUUGGUGGUGGAAGCAAGAGAGUAAUGCGGAGAGAGGGAAAGUGAAGGAGUAUGUGAUGCAGUGGAUUGGUUCAGAGGUGAAGAAGGAGAGACCGAGCAGUGUUGAUUGGAUCGAGUCCGUGGCGAGGACAGCUUCUUCUUCUUCGUCGAGUAAGAAGCUUGAGAAGAAGACUAGCAAGAGACUAGAGUGGUGGCUUUCCCUGGAGGAAGAGAGUGAGAAUAAGAAGAAGAAGAAGAAGAAGCGGAGGAUGGUUAGAGAGUGGUGGAAAGAUGAGUACCGAAGAGAACUCGCUAAGAAAAAAAAGAAGAAAACGUUAGAGUCCGAGUUCUGUAGUGAUGAUGGGAGUAGUAGCGUGAGGCGCCGUAGUAACAGUAAAGGCAGCAGCAUAGAUUGGUGGUUAGAUGGGUUGAGAGCACGGGGUAAUAGCCAUGACUCGGUGAGUGGGGAGAUAGCGAAGAGCUGUGGGAUCAGUAGCACGCCGAGCAUGAGAGGAACCGUGUGCUAUGCAGCGCCUGAGUACUGUAACUUAGACAACAUUGUGUCCGAGAAAUGUGAUGUAUAUAGCUACGGUGUACUGUUGUUAGUUUUGGUUUCCGGGAGACGUCCGUUGGAGAUGACGGGGUCUGCGAGUGAGAUCCAACGGGCGAAUCUCAUGUCCUGGGCGAGGAAGCUGGCGAGAAGAGGGAAGCUUGUUGAUCUUGUGGACCAAAAGUUGCAAAAUUUGGACCAGGAACAAGCAGUGUUGUGCAUAAAAGUGGCGUUGCAGUGUCUGCAAAGAUUACCGGUUUCACGGCCGUCGAUGAAACAGGUUUUGGGGAUGCUUAAAGGAGAAGUGAGUCUUCCGUAAGUGCCUACUGAUUUCUCACCAUUGCGGCCGGUGAUAAUGUGGAUGAUGAAGCAGAGCCGUUGACAAACUUAGGAACCAAUCUGUUUGCUAAUUGUUAGUGUUACAACUACACUUUGAUUUUGUUUCAGAAUACUGCUCCAACAUGUCAGGCUAGUCUGUUUUUGUUUCUUUACACGCAUUGACAGAGACAGACUAUUGGUUCAUAACUAUCACACCUUAUGCAAGUUUGAUUGUUUUGUUGA